AUGUCUUUUUUUGACAAGGGCGUUGAUGGGGCCUUGCCAGCCGGAAGCUCCGAUUCAAGUGGCGAUGCAACUCGCAGACCAAAAUCUCCAACCAGUCAGGUCAUUCCACGAAUUGGCCGUCCGACUCCAAGCUUUCAAUUUCCUCGACUUGGUUCCAACGCCGUUCACCAUGGUGAGGGCGGAGCUCUUUCACAACUGAAUCUCCGCCGGAUUUGGGAAGAUGCCAAUCGCUCAACGCAGCAACAUCAGCAACCGCAGCAGUAUCAUACGAGCACCAUGCUACAUGCCGUGUGUCCCGACUCACUGAACAGCUUCAACGACGCGUCCACGACCACGCAUCGUAGGAUGGCGGCGGCUCCGCACGAGCAGGCUCUCGCUGCGUACGUCGGGCCAGACGUCCGCGACUCGGACGCCGGGCUGGAGAGGCCGGCACAUCUCUCCAUCUGGUCCCCCUACGGCGCUCAAACAGCUCACGACAAAAACAACAACAACUCUGUGCGAGAUGGCGGCAUCGCGCCAACGUUGAGCCCGUACUCGGCAUAUUUCGCCGCACCGCCAUCUUCUACCAGAGCCGACGCGGUACCCAACCGCUCGCACUCUGAAGCCGGCUUCAGCGCCUCGACAGAGUUGUCUAUGGCUCAGCGGCCCUUGACCUCGCAUAUCGCCCCCAUCAUACCCAUCCGGAUGGGACAGUCUCCAGGCAGAGCUCCUGGCAACCGAAUAGCCAGCGGCGCCGAUGCGCACCAGCCGCCCGUGCCCUUUUAUUUCCAGCCGCGCAGUCAGCGCUUUCUCCCUAUGCAGGCCAUCAGGCCCAACCGGGGCACGUUUGCAUCGUCGUCUGAGAGCGCAUCGCCUUGGGCGCCGAGCGUCAGCGUCGCCAACCCGGUGCCGUCGACGCGCUUCUCAGACCGGUACCACGGCAUGCACACCGAGUCCAACGCCAGCGCCGAGCACCUGACGCCGGAGCAAAACACCAGCCUGUGGAUCACCAACCUGCCGCCCGACACGACGCACCACGAGCUGCUGGGCCAGAUCCGCAACAUUGGCCGCGUCUGGUGCUGCUUCAUCAACGGGCCCGACGGCUGCAAGCACACCACGGCCGCGGCCAAGGUCGUCUUCUUCCGCCCGUCUGCCGCCCGUCGCCUGCUGCAGCACGCUGCCGCCCCCGACGGCGGCCUGCACAUUCGCGGCUUCCGCGCAAAGGUUACGCAUAACCGCAUCAAGACGGGCGAGACGGAGCCGCGCGGCGACGAAUCGCGCGUCCUCAUCGUCACCGGGCAUAAAGACUACAUCAACGAGGCCACGCUCACAGAGUGGUUUGCCGAUCGCUUCGUGUUUCAGCUCGACGAGGUAAGGCAGCUCGUCAAGGAUGAGGAGAGUCGCCUCGCGGUCGUCGAGUUUCGGUUUGGCAGCUACCGCUGCCAGGCGCAGAUGGGCAAGCUGUCUCUCGAAAAGGAGAGGGAGUGGUGGUUUGAGAGGGCAGAGUUUGGCGAGGACCCGUGUGAGGUGGGCGAAACGUACUCGGCGUAUGCUGUUGCGUCGCAGCGCAUUGAAGAAGUGAAACAGUCGAGGCAGGAAAGGCAGCAGAAAGAAGCAGAGGAAGAGGCGAGACUGGCACUUGAAAGGUUGGCAUUAGAAAGGUCCUAUCGGCGGCAAGCAAACGACGGCAUUAGAGAUUGA